UCUAUUUACACUCCGGACUCCGAGAAAGUUGGCUUAGACUGUGAGAGAGAGCAACUAUGAGUUCAAGCAGCGUAUUGAAGGCGGCUUCCGUUCUAUUUUUCUUCGUUCUCUUGUCAUCAGUCAUCGGGAAGAAGUCCGGCGAUGUAACAGAGUUACAGAUCGGCGUGAAGCAUAAGCCAGAGACUUGCGAGUUUCAGGCACACAAAGGUGAUAGGAUUAAAGUACACUAUCGGGGAAAACUGACAGAUGGAACUGUUUUUGACUCCAGCUUUGAAAGAGGUGAUCCAAUUGAGUUUGAACUUGGCAGUGGUCAAGUUAUCAAAGGAUGGGACCAAGGGCUGUUGGGAAUGUGUGUAGGUGAGAAGAGAAAGUUGAAAAUACCAGCACAACUUGGUUAUGGUGACCAGGGUUCCCCACCUACCAUCCCAGGCGGAGCAACGCUAAUAUUUGACACAGAGCUUGUUGCUGUGAAUGGGAAUCCUUCUAGCGGAGAGGAAGCAAGUGACAGUGAGCUAUAGCCUAUAGUCACUGGCAGGAGAGUUGAUCGUUUUUCUUCUAGGUAGCUUUCUUUCAUAGACUAAAACAUGUCCACUGUUUCUAAAACAUAUUAGAUUUAAGAGUCUCUUUGAACCAGAUAAAAUAAAUCAACUUCUGUUCUUUGUGCAAUUUAAUACCAAGUGUUGUGUUGCACAGUGAGGUCUAUACUGACUGCCUAUUGAAGAGAUGGUGUAUUUGAUUGCCAAAUUGGCGAUACUC